GCUGAUGCUAUCAUGGAUAUUGACUGGAGUAACGUUAAUACUUGCGGUUCCCCACAGUCUUUUAAGUGACUUGGUCAUACUGAGUGACCUCUCGUUGCUGUUGUUAUCAUCGUUAUUGAGUCCGUGUAUUAACUUUUGCUUCAUCUGUUCUCUUGUAUCGUAGUAAUAAUAUCGUUUCAUCCAAUCAAUGUCUUGCUCCUCCGAUCUGGUAGUAUCCCUAAGAUGCAAAACCUUCAUAGCUCUUAGUCGAGAUAAUAAACAUAAGCUG